CACACACACACACACACAAAAAAAAAAAAAAAGAAAAAAAAAAGGCUCCAUUUUAUAUGAUUUCCAUUUCCACAAUCUCCAUUGUCUUCGAAUAGUCAUAGGGUUUUAUUUCUUUGGUGUCUGUAAAUAUAUUCACAAACCAAGAGGAAAAUGGCAUCAUUACCUCAAUUUUCUCGGAAAAUCAAACUCUACUAGCUCACCAAGCUAGUAGAGAAAGAGAGAGGCUCCGGUUUCGGUGGUACCCGACGGCCGAUCCCGGGUCGCACCAUCACCACCCGGGAGGGGACUUGGAUCCAAUUCACUUUUGGGGUUCUUCAUUUUUAUCUUCUUCUUCUUUUGGACUCUCUGUAAGCAGUUCUGCUUCUGAACUCUCUCGAUCUCCGAGUUUUUUGGGUUUUGAUUGAUGGGUUCGAAGUCGUGGCUCCACCCGGCUCCGACUUAUCGGGCCUUGGAGUCCUAUUGGGACACCGACGACGACUCUCCUGGUUUCCGCUGCAGCCACUCUCUCACCGCCGUCGCUGCCACCAAAUCCCACGGCCCCCGCCUCAUCCUCUUUGGCGGCGCCACUGCCAUCGAGGGCGGCGGUUCCACCUCAUCCGCCCCCGGCAUCAGGUUAGCGGGAGUGACGAAUUCUGUUCAUUCGUAUGAUGUUCUCUCCAAAAAAUGGACCAGAGUCCAACCAGCUGGUGAGCCGCCUUCUCCGAGGGCUGCGCACGUCGCGGUUGCAGUUGGCACCAUGGUUGUGUUUCAGGGCGGUAUAGGUCCUGCUGGGCAUUCAACAGAUGAUAUCUACGUGCUUGACUUGACCAAUGACAAGUUCAAGUGGCACAGAGUUCUUGUUCAAGGACAAGGUCCUGGGCCUCGAUAUGGCCAUGUAAUGGAUUUGGUUGCGCAACGAUACCUUGUUACUGUCAGUGGCAAUGAUGGGAAAAGAGUGCUGUCAGAUGCUUGGGCUCUGGAUACUGCUCAGAAACCAUAUGUGUGGCAGAGGCUUAAUCCAGAAGGUGAUAGGCCUUCGGCUAGAAUGUAUGCAACAGGUAGUGCACGCUCUGAUGGCAUGUUUUUGCUUUGUGGUGGAAGAGAUUCUGCAGGCAUGCCACUGGCGGAUGCUUAUGGACUCCUCAUGCAUAGGAAUGGUCAGUGGGAGUGGACUCUUGCACCUGGGGUGUCUCCUUCGCCAAGGUAUGAACAUGCUGGGGUAUUUGUUGGUGCUAGAUUGCAUGUUACGGGAGGUGCUCUUAGGGGAGGACGGGCAGUAGAAACCGAAGCAGCUAUUGCAGUAUUGGACACUGCUGCUGGAGUUUGGUUAGAUAGAAAUGGGCUGGUGAUUAACUCACGCACAAGCAAGGGACUGGCCGAGAACGAUCCUUCUUCGGUGCUUAUGCGUCGUUGCCGCCAUGCAGCUGCGUCUGUUGGUGGUGAGAUAUAUAUUUAUGGUGGUCUCAAAGGAGGUGCAGACAAGAUCUUAGAUGACUUUCUUAUUGCGGAAGAUUCACCAAUCCAGACUGACAUUGAUUCUCCUAUAUUAACAUCUGAGAGGGCUUCAACUGUGACAAGUCCCAGAACAAAAGAUUCCAAUUUAAAUUCAUACGCCCAAACACCAACUUUAGCUGGCAGGCUUGAUAUCCCCUCAAAUGGUGGCACGAGCAGCAUGGAUAAAAAAUCUAUGGAGAAACUGGCUGAGGCUUCUGCUGCUGAAGCUGAGGCUGCUACUGCUGUCUGGCAAGCUGUGCAGGCAGUAUCUACCACUGCUGCAGAAGAAACAUCUCUAUCAGAUGACAGCUCACAAGUUGCAGAAACUAAUUCGGAGGGUAGUGAGACCGAAUUAGAUGUUCGCCUUCACCCUAGAGCUGUCGUAGUAGCUAGAGAGGCUGUAGGAAAUCUGGGUGGGUUAAUUAGGCAGUUAUCCUUGGAUCAAUUUGAAAAUGAGAGUAGACGGAUGCUUCCCUUGCAUAAUGACCUGUCAUAUCCUACCAAAAGGUUCACCAGGCAGAGAUCUCCUCAAGGCUUGCAUAAAAAGGUUAUUUCUUCUUUGCUUAGGCCUCGCAACUGGAAAGCUCCUGCUGACAGGAGGUUUUUUCUGGAUUCGUAUGAAGUGGGUGAGCUUUGCUAUGCUGCUGAACAGAUCUUUAUGCAAGAGCCAACAGUUCUUCAACUGAAAGCUCCCAUCAAAGUAUUUGGUGAUCUUCAUGGACAGUUUGGUGAUUUAAUGCGGCUGUUUGAUGAAUAUGGAUUUCCUUCCGCUGCAGGAGAUAUAACGUAUAUUGACUAUUUAUUUCUGGGUGAUUAUGUUGAUCGAGGACAGCACAGCCUUGAGACCAUCACUUUGCUCCUUGCUCUAAAGAUCGAGUUUCCUGACAAUGUGCACUUAAUACGAGGGAAUCAUGAGGCUUCAGAUAUAAAUGCGCUCUUUGGUUUCCGUCUUGAAUGCAUUGAGAGAAUGGGAGAGAAUGAUGGGAUUUGGGCAUGGACACGGUUCAAUCAACUUUUCAACUAUCUUCCGCUUGCUGCACUUAUUGAGAAAAAAAUUAUCUGUAUGCAUGGUGGCAUAGGGAGAUCUAUACAUUCUGUAGAACAGAUAGAGAAAUUAGAAAGACCAAUAACAAUGGAUGGUGGAUCUAUCAUUCUAAUGGAUCUUUUAUGGUCGGAUCCGACGGAAAAUGAUAGUGUAGAGGGUCUGAGACCAAAUGCUAGAGGGCCCGGUCUUGUCUCCUUUGGGCCUGACCGGGUCACAGAUUUCUGUAAGAAGAACAAAUUACAACUCAUCAUAAGAGCCCACGAAUGCGUUAUGGACGGGUUUGAACGGUUUGCUCAGGGUCAAUUAAUCACUCUUUUUUCGGCAACCAACUAUUGUGGGACUGCCAACAAUGCUGGAGCAAUACUGGUAAUCGGCAGGGGGUUGGUUGUGGUUCCAAAAUUGAUUCAUCCUCUGCCACCUCCCCUUCAUUCACCUGAGACAUCUCCAGAACGUGUCACAGAAGACACAUGGAUGCAGGAGCUUAACAUUCAAAGGCCACCGACACCCACUAGAGGUCGCCCACAGCCAGACCAUGACCGGAGCUCACUUGCAUAUAUUUGAAGUCUUAUGAUUGAUUUACAUAUUAUACCAUUUUCUGAAGUGGGAAUCCCAAAUUUACAAGGCGACAUGAUGGGAGCCAGUUCAUGAACAAGGAAUUCCGUCAUAUUUUACAAUAAUACAGUAAGCAGUGUUGUGUUUAUGAAGAUACCGAGUCUUGGAAGAGGAGGGUUCACUUGUUCACAGCUUGAGAAUGGUAGAACAGUUAGCUGGUAGCCAAUGCAUGUUGAUCAUACUUCCCCCAAACCAAGUCUUGGAAGAGGCGGCUUCACUUGUGUACACAUAGCUUCAGGAUGUUGUAAGUAUUUGCUGUUAGCCAAGGUGUGUUAAUCGUGCUUUCCAAUUUAUUUAUGCAUACUCCAAAUCCUUUUGAUAGUAUUUGUAUUAUUAAUCCAGUGGAGGUGAUGGGGAGUUCCCUCAGUGUCCAUAACAAAAAAGUACAGGUAAAAGUGGUCAUAUAGGUUUGUGUAUUGUGAUAUAAUUGAGAAAUCAAAUUACACAUAUCUUCUUUGUGUAGUGGUCAAUAUCACCAAUGUAUUUACAUAUAAAAUAUCUUUUUUAUACAUAUA